AUGCCCUGCCCCACCAACGGCCGCGCAGGCGACCCUCCCCUGUUGCCUACAGCCCGUGGAUUCAUUGCUGAUGGCAUGGACGCCUGCGCUCUUAUCAUGGCUUGCGUACAAGGCCGCUACAGAGCUGCCACCAGGCGGCCACGUGAGCACGAGCGUGAGAGGCUAGUGGUCAGCGGCAACAUAUUUGUCUACAAACGGGACAAGAACACCAACCUGACGAGGUGGACCGACGGUGUCAACUGGAGCCCGAGCCGCCUUCAGGGCCCCUUCAUCUUUUACCGGGAGAUUCAGGAUCCGCCACAGGGUCACCGCAAGAACAACAAGGCCAAGAACCCCAAUGCCAUCGCCAACCCCAACAGCGACCGCGAGGCGUUGCGUCUCCGUCCUUUCAUUGCCGCCCUGUACGACACGUACAUGUUCAAGCCGGGUGGCCUCAUCAAGAAGUCCUUUGCGGGCAAGGUCGGCAACGACGACUGGCACGUUGUCGCCUACUACACCCUCCAAGACCUCCCCAACCUGCACAGGGUACGGGCCCUAGACCCGCACCUG